CCAGCCAAAAUUUUUUCGCAUCGAUUCAGAGAGAAAGCAAACUUUUUGGUCCAGAUUCACCUGAAAUGACGGUACGCUCUGCAUUUGGUGCGAGAAUUCUAUUGAUACCGUUAUGGUUGCAACACGUAAAGAACAAUGGGUAGGCGUAGUUUGUUCGCCACAAUCUCCUUUGUAACUGGUCUUACAGUACCGUUUUCUCUGUGUCACAAUACGGUCGUAGAGAUCGUAUCUGGUAUCAAUAUUAGAUAAAGCCUUGUAAAAUGGCAAACCCGAGGCCACCAUCUAUGGAGACACUUAGAACUUCUCUGUUGAAACAGAUUCUGAGGAAUUUGGACUGGUAUGAUCUGCAGUCCGCGAUGCAGGUUUGCAGAAGAUGGGAGAAAGUGGCAUUUUGGAUGCAGGUACCUAAACUGCGAUUGAGCAUUGUGCCCGACAUCGGACCGAACGUUACCGAGUAUCAAUACGACAAAUUGUUGAGAUACCAUAGUACGCUGAUGGAAAGUCGUCGGCGGUACAGACAUAUAACGUUCUUUUGGGGUAGCUGGGAUGGGCUGCAUGAACCAGAUCGUAUCAAAGAUAUACUAUUUCUGGAAAUUAUACGCCGCUUUCGCCAAAGCUUAGUUUCAUUGACAAUUGUGUCAGAUGGCCAUUGCAUGAUCCCAUGGGUGAUGAGUGCAAUAAUAAGAACCUGCCCGUGGUUAAAAGCGUUGAAUCUGAAUGGUAUGGUAUUCAAUUCGCUCAGCUUUUUCCAUGACUGGGGGUUUCCAACCCGAAUCCACACGCUAGAGGACGCCAAUCAUGUGAUUAACUGCAGCUCGAUGGCACCGGACUAUUUUAACAACGUUACCACAUUGCACGUAACGCUAACGAUACAAAAUCAUUUGUACGACUUGUUUCGCAAGCUUAGUCCCCAGUUGAUUAGCCUUACCUUGGAAUGGGAUACCGAACAAUAUCCCACAUGCGUGAAGUGGCCCAGAGAAUACUUUCCACGUCUACAGACGCUGGUUCUGAAAACCAUGAGAGCAGAGACUGGAGAACAGCUUGGUCACUUCUUAAGAAGGAUGCCUGCACUGAACUCGCUCACACUGUCUCCUCAUCUAACCGGGGACAUUUCCGUGAUCAGCUGGAUUAGCAGCAUAAACCUGUGGCAUCUCGAUGUAUGGCCAGUUUUUGUUUCAGUACCUCAGGUUCUUCUCAUCACAAGGUUUCAAAGCCUGAAGAGUAUUUGCAUCCGUGGAGACUACAACAUGCACAAUAGACUACCUGAUACCGCUAGACUGCCGAAUACCGGUUGUCUGGCGCUCCAGGGCUACACAUGGCAGUACGUUUUGGACAAACUUCUAAUGGUUUUCCCCAAUUUAGUUGAGCUUGAGUUGCAAACUGCAGAAAAUUGGAAAUGGAAAGAUGCUCGUGCGAUCAAUUCCCUUAAAUCGCUAAAUCACCUCAUCCUGCAUGAGGGGGUACAAACACUGGAAAAGUUCAUGCAAUUCUGCGAAGAUUUGAUGGUACCAAGCAUAUCCGUGGUAUCGAAGCAUUAUGCUCUCAAUUGCGAUUACCUAUCUAGGGAGUACAUCGCAUGUAACAUUCGAAAGUUGUCCAUUCACGCAUUAGAGAUCAAUCCUUGUACGUGUGACCAUUUGAUACAGUCAAUGCCAAAUUUGAAUACACUGGAACUAACGCUGCAGAAACCGUUAGACCAGUCCAUCUACCAAGGAAUUUGCACUCGAAAUCCCCAAUGCGGAAUCAAUCGACACUGGUACAAACCGUAUAGAUCAAUUUUGAAUCUGUACGAGCAGUCGGAAGGCAUCCAAGAAAUGAUGUCACCAGAUUUGGAGACCCCCUUCCCUCUCUCAAACUUAUUUUAAAUAUGUUUGUUUUUAAUAUGAAAAGUAUUCAUAGAUUACGCGUCUCUAAUAAGUGAUCAUGUAGCUUCCAAGGAGCUAAUCAGAGAAAAUGAGACUACAAAAACUAUGCAAAACAUAUUUUUUCAUAUGACGACAACUUCUUAUAUAGUUGAAAAAUGUAAAUUAUUUUAACUGGUAUGUGUAUGUGUGUGUGUAAACAGGACAAAAACUGUAUAUGUGUAAAUAUAUAAAUUAUGUAUAUGUAACUAUGUGAUUGUAUGAUACUAUGUAAAUUAUUCAUAUAUGUAUGUGUAGAAACAACAGUGCUGUAAAAGUGACAAUAUUUAAAACAUGCAAUAAACAUUUGAUUACACUAGCGAAAGUAUCAUUUUUUAGUAAGA